CGUUUUCACCGCUGUAAACAGUACCUGUUUUCGAACACCAACAAACUAUCUCUCCCUUCGUUUCGCCAGCCUGCACCCUUGCAAGGCCCUGCUUGAGCAUACUUAGACCGCUGCAUUCUCGUCGGCUACACCUGCACGCGUCGCUAACCGACAACUGCUGCCUGCCACUUGAUUGCCCCACUAUCAACUUCGCGCGGAACCCCGCUGUACGAGCACACGAGCUCCGCUGUCUCAACGUGCACAAGGAUCGCCAUGGCUGCCGACAUGGACAUUGAUUUCACACGCCGCAACAAGAAGCCGCGCCCGUUGACGGAAGGCGAGAAAGACAAGCUGGACGAAUUUGUUGACGCCAUCCACUACUCGGCUAGAUACUCGGACGAGCAAUACGAAUACCGCCACGUCCAGCUUCCCAAGCAGAUGCUCAAGAUGAUACCCAAAGAAUACUUCGACGGAUCUAGGGGAACGUUGAAGUUGCUGUGGGAGGAGGAGUGGAGGGCGCUCGGCAUUACACAGAGUCUGGGAUGGGAACACUACGAGGUCCACGAGCCGGAGCCUCAUAUCCUUCUGUUCAAGCGACCGAUCAACUACCAGCCACCAAUGCAUUGAAGCAGCUCCAUCUCCUCCUGCCCCUUAGGGUUUCCCACCUCCAAGUCGUAUCGAGUGCGGUCCCGCGUGCCACGGCACAGCGAUCACGAAGUCGGCUUUGCGGCGAUUCUUCCGCCUUUCUUGUUUAUUUUGAGCGAACAAGGUUCGACUUUGUAACGACGGCAUGAUCAUGGCGGAAUGAACGAUAUGGGAUCGGACUACACGACGCAAUCUGGGGCUUGCAAUGGAUUUGUCUUGGACAGACGACGAUUGGCCAACUUUGUGUAAAUAUGCGCAGACCAGAGAGCUGCGAGGAAUAACUAGGCAUUGAAUGGCGUCUAGUCGUGUACAAGUCUCCUCUACUCUCCUUCUGUCAGCGAUGUUUGCACAACCAGAAGUAAUAAGCAUAGAACACCUGGUCGUGCGAUCCUUCUUCAGCGCCGUCCUUAACCCUUCC